GAGCAUGUUGCACUGUUAUUAUUUGGGACAUAGCUUCUGCAGUAAAUGCAAAGUGUACAUCAGUUACAACAGUUAAAACUUUCCAUUAUAGACAGUUGCCAUGAACGAUGUGGAGAGGUUUACUACAGAGGUCACAAUUGCCACUGUGACUACAGCUGCCUGAUUCAUAAGGAAUGCUGUUUAGAUUAUGAGGUGACCUGCACUACAGGGAAUUCAUGUAAGGGGCGCUGUGGAGAAGUUUUUCAGCGUGGUAAACCAUGUGAUUGUGACAAUGAAUGCUCACAGUUUGGAAAGUGCUGUCCAGACUACAGAAUGCACUGCAUGAAUGCCAGUCCCACAAACUUACAAACCAAAGGCCCUACCACUGGUCAUCAAAAUUUUGCAGAGCUUCAAGGAGAUGAUGAGUCAGUACUUCAAGAAGUUUCCAAGCCAGAAAAUCCUACCAUGUUUUCAUCCAAGAAGAAAGGUGGUGAUCAGAAGGAGUCAUCUAGUAUUGAGUCCACAAGUGAACUUCUUUUGGAGACUGUGUUGCCAGAAUUUAUUAGAGGUUCUUUUGAUACCUGGAUUGAAUCAAGUGGUACAGAAAAUGAAACAGCCAAUAGUACCUCUGGAUUAUACAUAACUGGGCAUUCCACCUCAUUCUUCAAAGUAAGUGAAAAAAGCAAAGACUCUGAAGGCAGAAGUUUAGAAAUACUUUCCACAGAGCUGCCUUACACAACCAGUUCAUUUAAGAUGACAAAUCAACCAGAAGCCACACGUGGAAAUGGGUCUGUAAUGUCAGAAGUCUCUGAAACAGCUACUAGCAUUAAUAACCCCCAAACAUCAAAUACUGCCUCUGAGAUGACUAAAUCAUACACCACAGGGAUUACUACUGAAGACCGUGAUAUCUUUGGUAUGGGAGUAUCUACACAGCAUGCAGUGACCGGGUUUACUGUACUUGAGAAAGAAACUUCAAGUCAGACUACUGUAAGCUCCGUUACUGAACUGACUAAAAAAGAAGAGUCAACUACACCGACAAAAUUAGCAGACCAGACCAAAAACACAAACUCUUCUACAACAGAUGAAAAGCCCUUCUCAGUUACUGCAAAAACAAAUUUAUCAAGUCCAGAACCACCUCUUCCAGUAAUCAGUGACUCAAUAAUUAGCCAAACAGCUUCAUUUUCUGCAAUUUUGUCCAAAACAGACACUGUAGAUAAAGUAACCACCAGCUACAACAUGCAAACAUCCAACAAUUUAUUUGAAAGCCUGACACCUAGGACACCUCUGAAAAUGAGAUAUGACCCAAACAUUAAUACCAACACAGAAAAACCUGAGGUCUCAACUUUUUCAAGUCCCAUCACAACUACCAUCAAGAACAAUUUCAUCGAAAACAGUCAAACUGCAAAUAACGUGAGUGACUUACCAGUCCCAGUAUUUACAACAACAUUGUCCAUAUCAGAAACUCCUUUCAUGCUUUCCGAAAGCAUUUUAUCAAAGGAGAAAGAAGGUGAUCUGGAGGAAUUGCCUAUUUCAGAGUCCACGAGUAAUACUUACAGAAUGGCUGAACUCACAACUAUGCUCAUGAAAAGACAGUCACCGGAAUUGAAUAAAAGUUGUGACGGUCGGAUGGAUUCAAGCACUAUAGAACGUCUAACAAAAUUAAAGAACAGCAACGCCAGAUCAUAUGACAUUGAACAACCUCUCUCAUCUCUCAGAACAACUGAAAACUGUAAACACACUGACGUUCAAAGUCCUGAAACAGUUUCCACUGUAGUGCCUUACAUAGAAAGUGCAAGUAAAAUAACCAAUCAGGCACCAGAAGAGGAGGAAAACCAACCAGAAAGCUCAAGUGGAAAUGGGUAUUUAAUAUCAGAUGUUUCUGAAACAACAACUAGCAUCAAUAAGCCCCAGAAGACAAAUAGUGCCUCAGAGAUGACUAAAUCAUUUACCAAGAUGAUGACUACAGAAAUACCUGGAUUUAUAGAGCAUAGUGCGACUCCGCUUACUGUAGAACGGAAAAUACAAGCAUCAAGUCAGACUGCAGAAAACUCUACUAUGGGAUCAACCAAAAAAGAAGAGUCAACUAUGCCAUCCGAAUUAUUAAAGAGGACCAAAAACACAGAGUCUGCCAUGACUGAAGAAACAUCAUACACAAUCACUGCAAAAACAAAUUUAUCAAAUCCAGAACCUACUGUUCCAGUAAACAGUGCCUCAAUAACCACCCAGACAGAUCCCCUUGUUCCACGGUUCACCAAAACACACAAUCUAGAAAAUGCAACCACCACCUAUGAACUGCAAACAUCCAAAAAUGUAUUUAAAGGUGUUGCCCCAGGGACAUCUUUAAAUCCGAAAUCUGACCAAAACAUUAAAGACACGAUAGAAAAACUUGAAACAACUUUUGCAAGUCCAAUCACACCUGCCACCAUUGAAACUACAAAGAACGUGAGUGAUGCACUUGUCCCAGUGUUCCUUUUUUUGCCUGAAGAUGAUUCUAACCUUUGCAGCGGUCGCCCGGCCAACGGGAUGACUACUCUGAGAAAUGGGACAACUUUUGUAUUUAGAGGACAUUUUUUCUGGAUGCUGAAUGCGCAUGGAGUAGAAGCAGGAUACCCUCGUAAAAUAACAGAAGAAUGGGGUAUCCCUUCUCCAAUUGAUACAGUUUUCACGCGCUGCAACUGCCAAGGAAAAACAUUCUUCUUCAAGGGAAAAAAUUACUGGAGAUUUGAAAAUGGAAGCUUGGAUCCUGGAUAUCCUAAAUUGAUUGCAAAGGGAUUCAAUGGGCUUUCUGGAAAAAUAACUGCUGCUCUUUCAGUAUCUGCUCAUCAAAGAAGAAUGGAGUCUGUUUACUUUUUUAAGCAAGGUAGUGUAUUUCAAAAAUAUACCUUUGAGCAACAACCAUCAAAUAACUGUGCCAAACCAUCAACUUCUUUGUCAAUCAAGGUCAUCAGAAAGAGAACAGCAAGAGAAGUUGGAGGAAAUUUAAAAAUUAAAGCUCAUCUUACUAAAGAAAUUGCAAUCAGCUCAUUAAGUGGAAUUCAAACCAGUAUUACCUCAGCAAUAUCAGUACCCAACCCAAAAAGUCUGGAUGGAUACAACUAUUUCCUGUUUUCCAAAAACAAGUACUACAACAUUAAGUUUACCAUCAAUUCAACAAUGCCAAACUUGUCAUCAGUCCACUCAAAUGCACAUAAAGACUGGUACAAGUGUUUGUAAAUGAACCCAAGGAAAGAGGAAGACAAACAAAAAAAAGGAUUUCUGGAAAAGAU